AUGGACGGUUUACCAGAAACGAAAAAGGGGACCUGUCGAAAGUCCUAUUACGGCAUACUCAUUUCAUUGAGCGUGAUAAUGGUGGGUCUUCUUUUGGCGUGGGGACCAAUUCCGCCUCCUUAUUACCUUAAAAUAGCGAACUAUGUCUUGAAGGAUGUUAUGAGUGAUGAGGAAAGGUUUCUUGAAAAUGAGCUUCAACUUGCUCUCAAGGAAUGGAGAAUGUAUCAGAUUGAAAGCCGCUUUGGCCAAGAAUGGUGCAAAGAAAAUUUUACAUCGAGAAAAAACAAUGUAACAUGGCUUACAAUUGUCGUCAACGACGAAUUUGCUAUUCCUGCACUGGUGCUUGGUCUCUCUAUCCAAACAUUUUCCUGCCAGAGGAAUAUGGUAGCCUUGAUUUCGGACACGUUGUCCACGGAGACACAUAGGGCUCUUCAGAAAAUUGGCUGGGACACCCGCAUAGUCGAGGCAAUGGACUGUGAUUGGCUUGAGACCAAAUAUAACGCGAUUGACUAUCGUGCAUUUACUGGAGGGGCAGGAAUUAAGGGUACACAUACUCGAUUCCACGCUUGGAACUACACCGAGUUUUCCAAAAUCAUUUAUGUCGAUGCUGAUUACAUGUUGAUGACGAAUAUCGAUCAAUUGUUUGAUAUUCCAGGUGACUUUGCUGCUGCACCUUGCUCCAGACCGGGUGUAGUGGAUCCAUGUUUCAAUGCAGGUCUCAUGGUGUUCAGACCAGACGUGCAACAGUACCAAGAUAUCCUGAGUUUGUGGUGGAAAAUGACUAGACAAGGAACUUGUCCAAAUGAUCAGGUUCUGCUAUGGUAUUAUUACGUCGCCGAGGGCAAUUGGAAAAGGCUUCCUUACGCAUUCAACAUCAGACGCAACAUUUACAGGCCCCUAAAUUCAUUCCAUUUUGCCUGCUGUAGUCCGCCUAAGCCAUGGUCGGCAAAGUGCAGACCAAGUAGGAAAGAGGCUGAAGAUUACGACAGACCAAUAUUUGUUACCAAUGACAUGAUAUUAGUUUUUUGGAAGAAGUUUUACGAAUUGCUAAGGAGGUACGAUUUAGAGAACUGGUGGAGAUCCACGAAAUGGUUUCGGCCAGAUCAGGAGUUUCAUGCUGAGCCAUUUGCUGCCUGUAACAAGGUUGGCAGCCAGGGAACCAAUUUCACUUUGUGGACUGAGCUCCCUUCAUUUGGAUAUUUAACAAGUUUCAAUUUCACUAAAAUCAAUCUUCCUUUCCCAAAUUAUUGGGACUCAAUAUUUUCUAGAAAUCAGACAUCUGGCAAAUAA